AUGUCUUCCAUCGCGGAAUUAACAGCUCUCGGCAAAGAGCUUGGUUAUGAAGGCGAAGACCUUAGAAGAUUUGUAAGUGAUGAACAAAGUGCUUUAAGGGAUAUUAGAAAUAAGGAACGAGAAUUAGAACGUGAAAAACUAGAAGCUGCUCGUGAGGAAAGAGAAAGGGAACGCCAGGAGAAAGAAAAGGAGCGUGAAUAUGACCGUGAAAAAAGUGAGAGAGAUAGAGCUCAUGAGAUUCGUUUGUAUGAUAUGCAAGAAUCUUUGCAAAAACAGGAGAUUGAGAAAUUGAAACUGCAAAAAGAAAUCAAGGACUCGCCAGUUAAUACCGAAGGUUCCGACACUGAAGGUAACCAGGUAAGAGUAAAAGUUAAAGGUCCUUCUAUUCCUGAUUUUGAUGAAAACAAAGAUGAUAUUGAUGCAUAUCUUAGGAGGUUUGAAGUUCUUGCUAGUGCAGCCAAGUGGCCUAAAGGGGAUUGGGCUAUAAUUCUAAGUUCACAUUUAAAGGGUGCAGCUUUGGAAGUUUACGUUAGACUUUCACCUGAGGAUGCUUUGGAUUAUAAUAAGGUUUCUGAAUCACUUAUGAAAAGAUUUGAUUGUACUGAGGAAGGUUUCAGAGUAAAGUUUCGGUCAGUUAAACCUCAGAAGAAUGAGCUAGUUGAACAGUUUGUGUCUAGGUUAAGAUAUCUCUUGAAGAGGUGGAUUUGA